UAUAUCUCUCCUAUUGACGUAUGAACGUUUAAAUUGAUUAUAAAAAAUUCAACUUAAUUCUAGUAUUAAAUUGUAAUUGUAUUUGUGUACUCAUAUCAAGUAUCAUUCAUUUAUGAUACGUGAUUAAAGAAAGAAGCGUUUGUACUAUCCAUUAACAAAAAAGUAUGCGAGGGCAGCGAAGUCACUAGUUUAUCAACAAAAAAGAUACAUUCGGUUAAUAUGAUAAGACUGAUCUAAUCUAGCACACAGAAGAUGCUCUAUUCGUUUUUAAAGGAUCGUUCACACAUAAUAUUAAGUUAAUAUUACAGCUAAUACAAUUUUAUUUUUUCUUUUCUUUUCUUUUUAAACUUUAUCAUUUAAAAACAUUCUUUAUACAUUUUCAAAACAUCUCUUAUCGCAUUCUCUAGCACGCUUUUAACAAACGAUCAUCAUUUACUCAUUAUAUGAAAUACCUGGAACGGUAAUGUAUAAGCAAGAAGCAUAACAAACUUAUGAAUCAUUCUGAUAGAACUAACGUCAUACAUACAGGGGGGAAAAAAAAUAUUAAAAGAGAAAUCAAAAAAGGUAGAUACGAUUAAUAGAAAACUUUAUAAUUCUUUGUAAUAGGGAUUCCAAAGAAUUGUAUUUAACUUUAAAUAGAAUAUUCUCUUGUUGUGUGGUUUAGUUCAGUGUGAAUCGAGCUUUAAAUUCUUGUAAUAGUCAGACUAACUCUUCCCUUUUCUUCUCUUCUUUUCACACACACAACAUAAGAGAUUCAAGAAAGAGAAAGAAAGAAAUAAAGAAUGAGCCAAACGAACACAGAGGGGGAACUGGAAUAGUAUAAGAGAACCACAUAGUAUGAAAGAGUGCAAGAAGAAACCAGAAUGGAUGAAGAGGUGAAGAGGAGGAGAAGGAGGAAGAGGAGGAGACAAGUAUGGAUGAGCAAGGGUAGGGUUCUUCUUUGCAGGCGUUUUUGUCUCUACUAGCGACAGCAGACAGGUAUGGCAAAGUUAAGAUGAUUCCAGAAUAUUGCGUUAUUUGGGCGCACGUGUGUACAGACCUUAAACGUCCUGUGAAUGAGAAAGAAAGAAAGAAAGAGAGAGAGGGAGAGUGUGUGCGUGUAAGUGGAAAUCAAUAUUUCAUUGAUUAGCAUAUAUACUUCUGAGUAAGGUCUAUGAAAAAGAUAUUGUAUUAUAAAAUGUUGAGUUAAUGAAAGUAUACAAAAGGAAACGAAGGUGAUGGCGAUGAUGAUAUGGUGGUAGAGAAAGAAAUAAAAAGUGAGAGAAACAGAGAGAGAAAAAGUGCGCACGCCUCUGUGAGCAAGAAAGAGAGAGUGAGAGAGAGGGCGAGCGAGAGAGAGAGAGAGAGAGAGAGAGAAAGAGAGAAAAAGAAAGGAGAAGGGGUCAGUACAAGAGUGACAUGCAUCUUGUAACGGCGUUACUUCUUGUAUCAUUCCUAGCGAGUCAUUCGAGAUUCGCCGGUGGAAAUACAAAUACAAAUGAAAAACCAAAUACAAUCAAAAUUGCAAAGUGUUGCGAAUUGAGUGAACUUCUUUUGGACGACACGUGCACACCAUUAUCAAUUACGAACGAAACGAAACCAUGGCAACCAGAAUAUACCCAAGACAAGGAUUCCAAUAUUUUCUUGAGAACUCCUCCAACUCCGGAUUAUCGUAUUGGAUUACCUAGAUGUCGAAGUAACGAACAUCAGUGGCAUGUUUAUUAUUAUCCUUCUGGGCCAGAUAGAUUAGCUAUCGUUUUGCCAUUGGGCAAACUCAGACAUUAUGUUGAUGAUCUUAAUAAAGAAAUUAGCAGAAGUAACGGAGGUGGUGCCUUUGAAUCGUUUAGAUACGAUGACGAAGAAGACGAAACAAAAUAUAUUCAUUACGAUUAUUCUUUUGGACAGUAUUGUGUGGAUAAGGCUGUUCUUAGUAGAGAUCAUUUUGUCGCUACCUAUGCUAUGAUAUGUGUUCCCGAGGUACCCUUUCAAUGGUCCGACCCCAAUUAUUUGAUGAAACAUGCUAUCGACCCAAUCUUUCAUGCUAUAUCCAUAGCAGCAUAUCUUGUAGUUGCGGUCGUUUAUUUUGUUCUACCACAAUUGAGAGAUCUUGUUGGUAAUAUGAUAACUAGUAUGACGCUGUGCCUUAUAACCAAUCAGUGCGCCACGACGGUUAAAAUAUUCACUGAAUUUGGUAAUCACGUUAACUUUAUGAUAGCUGAUAUAAUCGCUUAUACGUCUUCGUUAGCUGCUUUCUUCUGGCUCAACACUUUGGGCUAUUACGUUUGGAAAACGUUCAGAUCUCGCAACGUAUUUUUGCGUACAACCGAUGGAAAAAAAUAUUGUUAUUAUUCUGCAUACGUUUGGGGCGCAACAAUUUCCAUUUCCACAACUGCAAUUUUUGCACAUUUUGCAUUAGAAACUGACAAACCUUUUAUAGGUGGUACGGCAUACCCUGCUCAAGAAACCGUUGGUUGGCUAGCUCUUUCAGUGUUGUACAUGUCUAUUGCUCUUACAAUAAUAAUUGAUUUUAGUUUCAUUCUAACAACAGCGAACAGAAUUAAGAGAAUGAGUACAUAUGGUAGGAUACAUCACAAAAUGAAAUACAGUUUCAGAAUGUUUGUUUUGCUGUUUGCAAUAAUGAGUAUUAGUUGGAUAACGUUAUUAUUGGCGGGAUUAAAAUACGACGCAUUUGCGUAUUGCCACGUUGUCGUUAAUUUAUUACAAGCUCUUUUUAUACUCCAUAUUUGUGUAUUCGGUCAAAGAAGAGUCACUUUUUUACUUGGGAAAACAUGCAAUUGUAGUAGAAAUGGAGAUAAUAUCGAAGGGUUUGAUUGGGGAGAAGAAAUGACAGCAAUUAAUGCUGGUUAUUAAUUUGCACUUAGAUCUUAUAAUUAACUCUGAGUGAUUGUCCAAACAAAAGACAUAUCUAAUGUUUAAUACCAAUCAAUUUUCACUAGCUUUAAGAUAUUUGAUAAAUAUAUUGUAAAUUAUACGUGCCUUAAAUCAAAUAGAUCUGUGUAUAUAAUCGUAAUGCGUGUUAAUGAAAUAAUAGAA